AUGGGAGCUCUCGUUUCUGCCAUUGCGUUUCCACAUCCUCCAAAAGACUACAGCGAAGAUGAAUUGCGAUCUCGUCCUGAUCUGAAAUUUAUUGUGACAACGUCUGGAAUCAAGAUUCCAGCAAUUCACAUUCAGAAUCCUGGAGCCAAGUUCACAAUCAUCUACAGCCACGGAAAUGCAGAAGAUGUUGGGAUUAGUUUGUACUACCUGGACGUCGUGUCUCAUGUUUUGAAGGCAUCUUUGAUUGCCUAUGAGUAUCCAGGUUAUUCGAUAUCUGAAGGUGAACCAUCUGAAAAUAAUUGCUACGAAGCCAUCAAUGCUGCCUACAAGUACGCGACAGAAACUGCCAAGCUUCAACCAUCUCAAAUUGCCCUCUUUGGAAGAUCAUUAGGGACAGGGCCAACGGUAGACCUUUGUUCACGGUGUCCUGAUAUUGGUGGAUGCAUAUUACAAUCUCCUCUGGAAAGUGGCAUUCGAUGUUUCAUUGGUGUUUGUUCGUCCUAUAGUCUUUACCCACUAGACAUUUUCAGGAAUUACUCCAAAAUUGAAGACAUCAAGUGCCCUGUGUUUAUCAUGCAUGGAGAAGAUGACAAGGUCGUUCCCUGCAGCAAUGGAAAAGCACUUUAUGCACAGCUACAAGAGAGAUCAUUUCACGAGUCCGUGGCGUACCCGCCGGUAUGGAUUCCUGGCAGAGGUCACAACGACAUGCCACAAGAUUUAUGUUUAGAUCAUUCAAGGAAGUUUUUGGAGUUUUUGGAAAGACGACAAAAGAGCUAA